GUGCAGCUUCUAUGGAUGCCUUGUGAAGAUGGCUUUUUAGGUCGGGAAUACAUUAUCCCAUCCUUGGCACACAGGUUUAUAGCAGAGAUGGUGGAUUUCUUUAUUCUUUUCUUUAUAAAGGCAACCAUUGUCUUAAGUAUUAUGCAUCUCAGUGGAAUAAAGGACAUUUCCAAGUUUGCUAUGCAUUAUAUAAUAGAAGAAAUAGAUGAAGACACAUCCAUGGAAGACUUGCAGAAAAUGAUGAUAGUGGCCCUUAUCUACAGGUUGUUAGUCUGCUUCUAUGAGAUUAUCUGUAUUUGGGGAGCUGGUGGGGCAACCCCAGGGAAGUUUCUGCUUGGACUUCGAGUUGUGACGUGUGAUACAUCUGUACUUAUUGCACCAAAUCGUGUGUUAGUGAUUCCAUCCUCUAAUGUUAGCAUAACAACGUCUACAAUACGAGCCUUGAUCAAGAAUUUUUCUAUUGCUUCCUUUUUUCCUGCAUUCAUUACGCUGCUAUUUUUUCAGCAUAACAGAACAGCCUAUGACAUUGUAGCAGGAACUAUUGUGGUAAGAAGAAAUGGAGUCAGAUGAUACCAAAAGAAGCCCAGAUUACCAAACUUUUUUUGAACUCCUAAAAAACAAAGUAAAGAAGACCAUCAGUAUUGGUUGCCCAAAUUAACUGGAGACAGAUUCAGAUGUUAAACAAUGAGUCAUUCCAGUAUGGUGCCAGUGAUUAUCUUGAAAGUAUUGAUUUUUCUUAAAUGCCAAAGACAUUUCAGAGAAAUAGUACCUAUUCAAUUUGGAAGUAUUAACAUUAGAUUGACAGGAAGGAAACUGGUUAUAUUUCUCCAUAACGGACAGUUUCCCUCCAUCUCCAGAAAGGAGAUACCUGGAAAUAUUGCCAUCCUAAGAAGUACUAGUUCUACAACUUGAUUAUUUUAUGGGAAAAAUAAGUUGGAGAAUGUAGUUGUGGUCUUCAUUGGUGUUUACAAAACACAUUACAGAAACUAUCCCUUAGAAGGGAUUGCAGUGUUUUUUGGGGGAUGGAGGCAAAAAUAUAGCUAAUGUGUUUCCAUUAAACUGAUGCAUUGUGCGGUGGUUGGGUAUUAUCAACCCCUUAAAGGCUUAGUGAACUCCUUCACUUCAGGAAUUGUAUUCCUUCACCACUUUUUAAAUGUGUUAUCUAAACAUGUAUUGUGGCAGGUUUUUCGCAUGAUUGUGUUAAGCAUUAAGUCACUUACUAUUUAUGUCUAUCCUAAUGAAGAAGUAAAUUAGUUUAC